UGGACACCUGGACUGGAACGAGUUCUCGAAUUUCAACUUCCCCGAUACGCAAUUCACGAAUGAAUGAAGGGAAGGGAUUGCAAUUGAUGCAGAAGUUGUUGUUUCAGUCUUGUCGUGUCACUCGUACCGAUAGUUGUGAAUUAGUUCCCCCGAUUUUUGAUUAUCCGAAUUAAUUUGAGAGGGUGUUAUUUUUUUUUUUGUCGAUUUUUGAACGUUCCCGCGGGAAAAAUGUGUCAAGGAGUGUUUUAUUCACUCAUUAAUCUCGAAUAAUUGAGGGGCCGUGGCUCCUCGUAACGGAUGAAUUUCGUAUGUAACAAGGAUGAAAUGGUGUGAGACAGAUGAGAGACGGUAGAAACAGUGGUGAAGGAGGAAUUGAGGCGCGCGCUAUACGUUAAAAGGGGUGGGAGUCGAGUAGGGAGUGGAAAGUAGGUACUUGGAGGUAUCGACCAGGGCUGGCUGGACCGUUCGGAGUCUGUGCCAUGCACUACUGUUACCACUUACGGCUGUCGCCUCAGACGGAAUGGUGACGGUAGGGGAUGGAGGGGGAAAAAAGAGAGAACAAAAAAAGGAUGAAAUGGAGAAAAUAAUGGUGACAGGUCGUGAUCUCACUCGGUCAGAUUCCCUGGAGGAACUUGACGUUGAACAUGAUGGCAAUUAGAGCGACCCGUUAACCCUGGGUUUUAUUUACUCGAGAGUAGCUCUCAAUUUAUUGUGACUUUCUACCAGAAGAAAAACCAUUAAUUUCUUCAUCUUUAAUGUUCCAGUCGUAUUGAUAAAAAACUUUUACAAACACAUGGAAUUAAAAAAAAUAUAUUUUCAUGGAAUAAGUUAAUUUCUAAAAACUAAUUUUGGUCUCUCGGGGUUUUUUUAAAUCGAUGAAUAAUUACUGAUUUUUUGCCAAAAAUCGUAGAUCACAAAUCGAUGCAAAAAUUCGAACUCUGUUUUUCCCAAAAAAAAAAACAAAUUCAUUGUUAAACUUGAAAAUAAAUAAAUCAAUUCCCCUCCUAAAUAUAUAGAUAAAAUUGUAAUGUAUAAUUGAAUGUAGCCCAUCCGCUCCAAUAACUAAAUAAACCUCCUCUCAACCACGUAAGACCGCAUUAAUUAUUCGCGAGGGUGAAUGUGAAUAUAGAACUCAGGUCACUGAGCUUCAUUGUCCUCCGCAGAAAUCAUUACCCCCAACAACGAUUAAACUAAUAAACUUCAAGAAAACACUUCACCUUAUUCAAAUUAUUCCGACGAAAGCUUCUGUUAUGAUACCUUAUACCUCAGAUUUUGAAAUAUCGAUUAAACGCCCACUGCAGAAGGUGCACAAGAGAAGUUUUCCGAAGGCCGAACGGAUGCAGUACUCCGGGAAAUAUCAUGACAUAAUUACGGAAUAAACUCAGCCGUAGACCUGGGUGCGACCAUGCGCAUUAAUUCAAUAAUAAUCUAUGUUAGGAAAAUAGGAAAUAAACAUUGAGCACUAUUGAUGAAGAAGUGGAAUACUUCAGUCUGGCCUUUAGCCAGUCGACGAGCGCACGCACCCGCUGGACUUUUGUUAUUCCAAUGCGUUAGUUGUUUAAACUGGACUCUAGUAUAAAACAGAAAUAGAAACUUCACCGUAGCUUCAUGUCAGUUAGCGUUUAGUUAUCGUACAGAGUGGGUGGGUCAAGCAAACCUGGUGAUACCACGAUGAUAAAAAUUGGGAGAAUUGUAAGAAAAGGAUUUCGCUUGAAGAACAUUGUGUGAGAUAGACGGCACCAGUGAUUCUGAUUGACAUCAAUUUGUCAUGGAGACGGAAAUAGUGCCGUUUGUCGAGUCCGAAGGCAAUGGGGCCCCCAAAACAAUGCCCAGACAGCGAAACAGUAGAGUGAAACUCCCCGAGACUAAGGGGACUUCGCUCUUCAUCAUCAUGAGCUUCAUCUACGCUAAACUACUGGUAGUCGUCUGCAUAGCGUACGUGAUAAGUGACGUGGUCACUCACAAACUACCCCUAUGGUACUUCGAGGGUUUCUUCACUUACCUGUACGGCAUGAGCAUCCUCUUUCUGCUUUACGUAUUCUGCUUCCUCCUUCAAGAGAGCGCCUGUUGCUCGAGGGGGGCUGAAACACCACCACCACCGCCAAAGCCUCCAAAACCACCGAAAGAACCUAAGGACAAAAACAAGAAAAAGGAUAAGAAAGAUAAGAAGGAUCCCAAGAACGGAAAGAAUAAGAAAGAUUUUCAGGAUGCAGCUGAUGUUGAGGCAGGUGUUUCCACCCGAGUUCUUCGAAAGCGUAAAACAUCGCAGAAUGAUCACAGCCAUGGAAGUUUUUUCCUCCGAAUUGGUGCCAUUGCAUUUGGAUUGGGAACAAUGGUAUACAAUGGUCUCGAGUUCGGGCUAUUCUUCGAGGUCCCCUUCACAUCACCCUGCUUCCAGAUCCUCCAAGGAGUCAAUCCAAUUUUGCAGAUGGUCUUUACGUUCAUGCAAAUGUACUUUAUCUUCAUGAAUUCACGACUCAAUAUUCACCGCUUCAAAGUCAUCGCUCGGUUUGGUCUGAUGCACGUUGUAGCGACUAACAUAUGUGUAUGGGUGCGAACCCUUGUAUUUGAAAGUCUCAAGGAGAUAUCCCAAUACGGCAAGAAGAUUGGAAAGCCAGACCUCAGUCUAAUUGAGAGCAUCAAGAAUCACGCGAUAUCGAAUGCAGAUGUCUACAGCGGUGAAAUAUCCCGUGACAUGGCACAAUUGCGAUUGGCACCGGUGAGUUCCACCCUGAAGAGCUUCAACACCUUUUACCCAAAAACAACGAAUCGCUUCAUGAGAACAACAGUUGCAUCAGUGGGUCGUUAUGCUCGUUCAACGGCUCGUUCCGUCGCUCGUGCCAUCACCAGUGGUACUACUUCAACAGCAGCGACCUUCACCACUAGUACCUCAACAACCCCCUCGACAACCACCCUCCGAAUGAUGCCAACAACCACUCCCAGUACCACUACAACAACUACCACGACAACAAUUCGACCCACAUUAUCAACAAUUCUCGACGCAUUCACCAGUACAAUAAAGCCAAAUAUCACGACAAGAAUGACCACCACAUCAACCACAACAACUACAACAACAACGACGACGACAACAACAAUGGCACCCCCAUCCCCCACUUCAUCACCCCUGACAUCGCUCGCCCCAUUCCUCUGGGAUUUUGGAGAUGCUCCUGCAACAGCCAGCAAGAGUGACAUUCCUCAGUUCUUUGACACAAUGAAUCAGACAUUGGCCAGCAAUGCCAGUACCAUCUAUACCCCAAGCUAUGCUUUCCUCCAGGACCUUCAACAAACCAAUGAUUGUUGCGGCCGGGUCAACAUCAUGGGAAACAUUGUGCAACAAGCUGCUCCGUAUCUAUUUCCCUUCAUCAUUGAGUAUAGCUUGAUUGGUGCUGCUGUUAUCUACGUCAUGUGGAAGCACAUUGGACGCCAUCCACGGUGGCCACACCAGGCUGAGGCUGAUCUUGAACGCAGGCUCGAGGCGAUGCUGUCGAGACGUGCUGUUGCAUUAGCUCAUGCUGGUCAUGGCAGAGUGGAUUGCGUGGGUGCAAGCAAAGGCCUCUUCCUAGGUCUCUUCCUCUUGGUAGGCUCCCUCAUCUGCCUCAUCCUGUUCUUCGUCCUGAUCCAUCAUCCCUCCUUCGGUCUCCUCGCAAUCUACCUAGCUGACGUAUCCCAUUGUGUCCUCAUGGCCCUAUCCAUAAUCGCCAUAAUAAUCGGCUUUUGUCGUGUUCAAUCCCUCAAAUUCAAAGCCGAGGAGCAGAGUGAUCUCAAUGAUAUACUUCUCCGCAUAUCAGCAUUUGGUCUCUUCCUUUACGCUGUAUUCAGUGUUAUCGCUGGUUCACUCGCUGCAUUCACUCACGAACCCAAUUUACUUGUCAUGGUAACUGGUUUACUCGCUGUUGGACAAGUUGUCCUCCAGAUGCUCUUCAUUGCUGAUGUAUCACGUAGGCGUGUACAUCUACCUGAGCACGAUCGUAGCAAGCCAGGUCGCCAGAUUGUAACAUUCCUUCUCAUCUGCAAUGUCGCAAUGUGGGUUAUUUACACAUUCGAGGGACAGAAGGUCAUUGCCAAUCCUGUCCAACUUGACUUCUAUGGUUACUUGUCGUGGACUAUUGUUCAGAGGGUUACACUCCCUCUAUGCAUCUUCCACAGGUUCCACAGUGCUGUUACGCUCGCCGAAAUAUGGAAGACCAGCUACAAAGCACGCCUCGAGUAGAUCAAUCUCACGAUUCAUUCGAGGUUGAUGCUUGUCGAAAUUAUUCAUACGAAAUUCUUGGAGUAAUGUUCAGUAAUAAUCGACACUGGGUGAUUAUCAUCGACGGAUUGUCGUGUAUUACGAUAUCACCUGGUCUUUAGCGCGCAAUUUUUGUUUCGCAAUAAGAGGAAAAAUCAUGACAAACAAAAUAACUGACAACGUGUUGUUUAAUCAUCAAACGCAUUUUUAUACUUUUAUACCUUGGAAUCUCCAUCUUCGUGCAUCGAGGCCGUUGUGCGUAGAUGACCAAAAAUCAUUAAGGAAAUAGAAAGUUAUUAAAAGUUUGAUCGGACAAUUGAAAUUGUCUCGCCAAAUGUAGUUCAGAAUUGUUGGAGUGAUAAUCGUAAUGGACAGGUGACUCGAUGCAGGAAUUAGUGAGUAUAUUUCAAUUAUUUUUUGAAUAAUAUCGAAAAUUAAAAUUGUGAACACAAAUGAUACAAAUAUUAAAUGGGGAACAUUAUUUAAUUUUUUGAGAUGUGCUUUUUUCUCAUAUAUUCCGCGCGCCUGCGUUCGUUGCGUGUUUGUAAAGUACAAAAUUGUUUCUAACUCUUUAAGGAUUUAUACUUUAGGGAAUUGGCGUGUGUUUCGGAAAUCGGAGGGGGAUGUGAGAAUUUUUGUUCUUAAUUUUUUUUAACACAUUUUUUUUUUUCGAGGCAGACACGAUCAUGAGGUGGCGAUGGGGAAUGACUAAGGAAGAUGCGUGUAUAAAGAGAAUAGGAAGAAUAUUUUUUUUUCGAUGAAAUUGGAGGUGAGAAGAAGGGGUUCAAAGAGAAUAAGAUUGAUGUGAUCGUGGGGUGAUUGAAGGGUGGUGAGUUAAGGGGAUUCAGUCAUAAAUACGAACUACGAACUAAUAAGGUAGAUGAUAUCAUUAGACAAUAGUGAUAAUUGAGUGAAAGACGUGUAGUUCAAACAAUCCCUAAUCAUAAUUUUAGAAGAAACUGUUUUAAGAAUUAUAAAGAAUGAGAUAAAAAUGGAGUUCGUGUCAUUCACAUGAAUUUAAUCAUCGACUAAAAAUUAGUCUUUAAUGUUCUCCGUGUCAACUGAAAUUUUCCCAGCAGAUUCAAGUUAAUGAAAACAUAUGAAAGAAGAUACACAUGUACUUAUUAGCUUACCUGCUAAAGAAAUUCUCACUGUAACUUUGUUUCGCUCUGUCGAAGAAUAAUGAAAACAAAAAGUCAUUGAAAAAAUAAUCGUAAAUCGCUCGAAUUCACCGAACGAUGUACGAUGAUUAUACAUAAUUAUAUAAAUUAUAAAUAUUGAUAUUGACUAAAUUAUAUUAUAUGAUUAUUAUACAUACGAGAAUGAUGUAAAAUCACUCAUGACCCUGGUAUCUCGCGUAAAAAAAUGUAACGUUAAUAAACGAAAAACGAUUAUAAAUAUAAAUAUAUAUAAAUAGAGUUUAAAUAAAUGCAAAAUGAUGAAUUGCGGUUGUUUAGAUCGCUUUGACUCUGUGCGGUGAAAAUUGAUAAAUUUUAAUGUCUAAUGCAUUGUAAAUAUCUCGGUUGAAACCAAACAAUAUGAGAAUAUUUAAGACGAGAGAGAAUACAAAGUCAGCCCUGAGUUAUAAUGUUCAUCUUGUUUUUCGUCUCUGAAACAACAUCGAUCCAUAUUAUCUCCUGAUUUAAUUGACAUGUAGAGAUCAAUAUCAAUAGUGAAAUGGUACUUUUAUCAGUACUUCUGCCAACAGUAGGUGAUUGAUCUUGAGAAGAAACGGUAUUCGGCGAAAAAUUAGAUUUUAGAAACUACCAAGACACUGCCAAAAAACGGACCAACUCCCAGUGAAUCUUGACGAGACUGGCGUGUCCUUGCACCAUAGGAAUUUGGCUCAGAAUAACUAAUUAACCCAUACAUGGUCUUGAACCCUCCAAAAUUCUCGAUGAGAAGUAACAAAAGCCUAGUCCAAUUUUACUCCUAGUUAAUCCGAACAUUCCAUCAAAAUCUGUUUCUUCGUAACACAUACGAAUGAAUUUCGUGGAGAAAAUCGACAGUCUUUGGUAGAAAUUAUUACUACUAAAUGUCUGUUCCACUUUAUGGGAAAUUCUGUCAUUUUCUCGCCGAUUGCGCAUAGAAAUAUUAAAUAUAAUUAUUUUACAGAAGAAAAAAAUUGACUUUUUUUCUGUGAUUUUAUUCUAUUCAUAAAUUUUCGUAGUUUUUUCUGCAGAAAAUAUCUGAAGAGAAUAAUUUGCUGAGAAAAACAAAAAUCAUUUACUUGUCUGUAAAAUAAUUUUAUUGCGUAACUGUUCAAUUGAAUCAGCUAAAAGAUAAUAAAAUUACCAACUGAAUUCCCUCGAUUUCUCUGUGAAAGUUAUUCGUGCGUGAAAUCACGGGAGGGUCUGAGUGCACGUCAUACUGUAUCUAAGUACUGAAUGGGUGAUAAUAAACUUAACAGAAAUGAGUAAGAUGUUCAAGAAGAAUGCCUGUGUUUUUUGAGAGUUUAUUUAUCAACUCGAAUUAAACACACUGUCUACGUGGCUUUAACUUGUCUUAGAGCCCUUAGACUUGUGUAUUAAAGAGAAACGAAGGGAUAAAAAAUUUUAACGAGAACAGAAAUAUCUUAAACACUUUAGCCGUAAGCCUAAACCAAUACGAGGCGAUUGACACCAGUACACAGAGUGGAGAAAUUUUCAAAAUACUGAGAGAAGAGUAUUUCCUAUUUUAUGAUACUGGAAAAAUCGCCCCCAAAUCCUUGUCAUUUACUCACUUACGUAGAUAAACGAAAAAUGAAAUAAGUAAACCCAAAAAAAAAUAACGUUUUUGAUGUCUUCGAGUGUAACUAUGAAGUUUUUAAAACACACGCGCACAAGUGACAGUUUUAAGAGUUCACGUGACUAUAUACAAAAAAAAAACAUUGAUCUAAAAAUCAUAAGAUUUAAACUGAAUGAAAUUAUCCACAAAAUACACGAUCUAAAUGAAACAAAAGGAGCAGAGCGACGAUGAGAAAUACCAUUUAAAUGUAAAAGAAAACAUUAAUAUAUACAUGUUGUCGAGUAACCCAAGUUCUCAAAUCGAGUAGAAAACAAAAAAAAAACGGAAAUACUUAAUUAUAAGCGAUCCCUGAUUUUCAUUUAUAUUCAUCACUUCAUCGUAAACGAGUAAAAAUAAUUAUUAAAAAAUACAAAAAAAUAUGAAAAAAAAAAAGUUAUAGCAUUUCAUUGUAAUACGUUUUUUCCCGAUUCACGCACGAGUACUGUCGCGUCCGCGUUAUAUUUGUAGCGCUGAAACCGCAUUAAUUGGUUAAUAAAAGUUAUCUAGAUGUAAAAAAUAAUGACGCAU